AUGCCAUCACUUCAUGAACUGCCCGUGGAAAUAAUUUAUCAAAUUCUUGAUCAUAUUGAUCAAGUAACAAUUCUUCUCUCAAUUCGUAACGUUUGUAUAAGAUUAAAUACGAUUACAGAUCAGUACCGACGAUACCAGACACUCACUACACUUAACCUCUCUUAUAAACGAAUUGGCAAUCGAGAAGUACAACGUCUAGUUAAUGCUUUACAACAAAACAAAACACUCACCGCACUUUACCUUCAAGGUAAUAAUAUUGAUUCACAAGGAAUACAAGAUCUAGCCAAUGUUUUAAUAUGCAACAAAACACUUACCACAUUGAAUCUUGAAGCGAAUGGAAUAGGUCCACAUGAAACACACUAUCUAGCUAAUAUGCUACAACAAAAUAAAACACUCACUACACUUUAUCUUAAUAACAAUAGAAUCGGCGAUCAAGGAGUACAAUAUCUAGCCAAUGCUUUGCAACACAACAAAACACUCACUACAAUGGACUUGCACGGUAACCAAAUUGGAGAUCAAGGAAUACAACAUUUAGCUAAUUCUUUACAGCAAAACAAAGUACUCACCAGACUUGAUCUCCGACAUAAUCAAAUUGCUCAUCAAGGAGCACAACAUUUAGGCGAUGCUCUAAGAAAAAACAAUACAUUGACCACACUUUAUCUUAGUAACAAUAGAAUCGAUCAUCAAGGAGCACAAUAUUUAGCAUAUGGCUUACAACAGAACGAAACACUCACUACCUUAGAUCUUCAAUGCAAUCAAAUUGGUGAUCAAGGAGUUGAAUAUUUAGCCAAUGUUGUACGAGAAAACGAAGUAACAUAA